UCGCAGCACUUCCGUCCAAACCCUCCGCACUCAUCGUACAGCACCUUCCCCAACUAUCUAUCGCUACCUUUGCCACAAUGCUUGAAGCCCGCCUUAGCCAAGCUGCCAUCCUCAAGAAGCUCUUAGACGCUAUCAAGGACCUCGUCACAGAAGCCAAUUUUGACUGCAAUGACUCGGGCAUCGCCUUGCAGGCGAUGGACAACUCGCACGUCGCCUUGGUAGCUCUCCUUCUCCGUUCACAAGGAUUUGAACACUUUCGAUGUGAUAGAAACCACUCCCUUGGUAUAUCUUUGGCGAGUUUGAGCAAAGUACUACGAAGCGCGGGCAACGACGACACCUUGACCAUCAAGAGCGAGGAAGAUGGUGACACUCUGCAACUGGUUUUUGAGAGUCCAAAUGUUGAUCGCGUCAGUGAAUACGACUUGAAGCUUAUGGAUAUCGACAGCGAACACUUGGGUAUCCCCGAAACGGCUUACGAUGCUGUCGUAAAACUCUCGUCCGCCGAAUUCCAACGUAUCUGUAGAGAUCUGAUUAUCUUGAGCGAGUCGGUCACGAUUGAGGUGGAUAAGGAAGGCGUAAAGUUCCAAGCUGCUGGAGAAAUCGGCUCAGGUUCUAUAAAACUCAAGCAAGGAACAUCGGUUGACGACGAUGAAGCAACUGCGACUUCAAUUGAGCUCAACCAAGCGGUAGCCCUCACCUUUUCUCUCAAAUAUCUCAGCAACUUUACCAAGGCGACGCCUCUUUCUGACACCGUAAUCUUGUCCAUGUCCAACGAAAUACCCUUGUUGGUGGAGUACAAGGUCAGCGACGUCGGUUACAUCCGAUACUAUUUGGCGCCCAAGAUUGGCGACGACAGCUAGGGAGAUUUCUGAACAGGAAGGCAAACUGGAUCUAUUGGGUAUCGGAAUGGGUUGGGCGUGGUAGUUUAUGUAAUUUGUAAUUACAAGAUUUUUCGAGAAUGGUUUGAGAAUUGACGUUGCUAGAUUCUAUGUUUGCA